UUCCGAGGAGACGUGCCGUAGAUUAACACAGAAAUGUUUCCCGGGAGUCCGAUCGGUGCUCCGCUGCGGGGCUGAAACUCGGGCAGAUCAGCCCCCCCCUACACACAGAAACCCAGCCUGUAAAAUAAGAAGACGUCAGAGACUCUUCGCCCCGCUUCGCUGCUGCAGUUACAUUUUUUUUUUGUAUCGCGGUGGAAUCACAGCCCUUAUUUGCGGGAUUUCGCGGCUGCUUUACACGGCGCUAUGUAGCGCGGCAGAUGGCACGCUUGUGGUAGCUGCUAGACGUUUAUCGGCUUUUUUUUUUAGUUUUAAACGCCGUGCCUUGGCGGAAAGAAGAGGAUUUCGUUUUAUUUAAGGUGAAGUGACGAUGAACGAGCAGGAGGGUGGGGUGGUCUCCUAUGACGAAUAUGUGCGGCAGAAGGCCCGGACUGUGCCUCAACAUAGGAUGAAGGAGUUCCUGGAGUCCCUUGCUAAGGGCCCAGAGGUGCUGCAGGAGUUCAACCAGCAGGGGGGAGGAGAAGGAGGAGCGGCCACCACCACCACCACCAUGGUGUACCAGCAGCAGGAGGCCAACUGUGUCUACACAGACAGCACGGAGGUGGCUGGAUCUCUCCUGGAGCUGGCCUGCCCGGUCCAGGUGACCUCAACAGAGAUCUCCCCCCAAAUGUCUGUACAUCAGGGCUCUGAACAGCAGCUCCAAGUGCAGGUCCAGAUCCAGGAGCAGCCAGGCCAAACGGUCGGCCAGGUCCUGCAGGUGGCCUCCCCGUCUCAGCAGGAGCUGCAGGGAAUCUCUACAGCCCAGCUGGUGCAGCAGGCCGAGCUCACAGAGGAGCAGCAGCAGCAGAUUCAGGCUCAGCUGAUUGCCGCCGUGGCUGGAGGUCAGCAGAUCCAGCUGUCGAGCGGUGAACAAAUCCAGCUCCAAGGAACCCAGCAUAUUCAGCUGCCGGGGGGGCAGCAGAUCCAGCUGCAGGCUGGCCAACAGAUCCAGCUGCAGGCUGGCCAGCAGAUCCAGAUCCAGACCAUAGAGGCGAUGUCUCCUUCCCAACAGCAGGAGUCUCCGAGGGAGGGGGAGAGGCGGCCGGGCGCCGUGGCGACCGUUCUCCAGCCGGCUAAGAAGCGCAAGGUGGAUGUCCCCCUCGCCGUUUCCUACGCCGUGCCGCAGGGCCAGCAAGUGGCCACGGUUCUGACCAUCCCCCAGGGGCAGCAGCAGAGCUACGUGUCCCUGCGGCCCGACCUGCUCACCGUGGACAGCGCUCAGCUCUACAGCACCACGGGAACCAUCACGGGCCCCACGGGCGAGACGUGGACCAUCCCCGUGUACUCCACCCCGCAGCAGCAGGGCGUGACGCACAUCGCCAUACCGCAGGACGCCUACAGCACGGUUCAGGUCACGACCAGCAACGGCAAGGACAAGGCGGCGUCUGCGUCGAGGUCCGCAGACGGCCAGGCGGCGUCCACCGCGACCCAGGAGGAGAUAGUGCAGACGCUGCUGCCCGCGCAGUUCAUGAACGGGAACCUCCACAUCCCUCUGGCCGUGCAGACCGUAGGAGGGACGUACAACACUACGCAGUCGGUGCACAUAUGGGACCCCAGCCAGCAGCAGAGCCAGGGCGACGAGGGCCAAGAGCAGCAGCUCCACCUGCAGGGCCAAGUAGAGACGGAGGCUGAUGCCGAACCGCCUGCAGAGAUUCUGGUUCCCAUCUCCCUGAAGCCAGAGGAGGGUCUGGAAGUGUGGCGCUAUUGGGCCGCGAAGAAAAACGCUGAACUGAGCAAGCAGGAGCAGACAAAACUUGCACCCAUAGGACGCCGGCAGCCUCUGCGUUUCCAGGAGGACUUGGUGUCCAGCGCGGUCGCAGAGCUAAACUUGGGACUCUCCUUGAUGACUCAAGAGGCUCGGGGGGCAGAUGACGAAGAGCUGGCGCCUGAUGUUCUCUAUUAUGUGUUCCUGUGUAUACAGAAGUAUCUGUAUGAAAAUGGACGUGUGGAUGAUAUCUUCUCUGAUCCAUACUACACGCGCUUCUGUGAGAGUCUACACAAGCUCUUGCUGGACUGGAAACCCAGCAUCCAUCCUUUAGGUUAUAUCAUUCCAAGUCAUGUGACCGAGGAGAUGCUGUGGGAGUGUAAACAGCUCGGUGCUCAUUCUCCGGCCACAUUACUUACGACACUAAUGUAUUUCAACACUAAGUAUUUCCGGCUGAUAACGCCUGAGCACCACAUGAAGGUGGCUUUCUCAAAGGUGUUGAGACACUCCAGGAAGAAUCCCACUAAUGCCAAGGACAAGGCAACCAGUAUUCGCCUUCUGAAAGUGCAAAGCCAACACAGCUCCGGACAAAAAGGAACCGACGACAUGUACGAAGAGCAGAUCGAAGACCCCGAGAACCCUCUCCGCUGCCCCAUUAAACUUUACGACUUUUACCUCUUCAAAUGCCCCCAAAGCGUCAAAGGACGUAGCGACGCCUACUACAUGACGCCCGAGCCCGUCGUGGCGCCGAACAGCCCGAUGUGGUACUCGUCUCAGCCGCUCUCGGAUCAGCAGGUGGCGCAGAUGUUGGCCCGUAUCAUCGUAGUGAGGGAGAUCCAGGAGAUCAUCGGCACCGCUGCGGCGAGCGUCGGCUAAGACGGGCGGACCGGCUGGACUUGACUAUGCAGAACCCAUGCAGACUGUACAUCGUCUCUAAAGUGGUCAAAUAAAGUGGGGCCUCCUCCUGAAACAAUCAUUUUCAUCCGAGCAGAGCGUUCUGAUCGCAUUUGCUAGUUCCUGAGAUAUUUUCUCACCCGACGGGCUCAGAAAGUUACUCCUGGAGCUCUUUAACCUUUCUGAACAUUGAGUUGCCUGCAGGGUCGCGAUACUUUUUGAGCAGAGGUGGAUGUUUAUUUUUAUUUCUCCCCCCCUUCCCUUCCUGUAGACGUCUUAUCGACACGAUACCAAAUUAUUCAAUCUUUUUAACAUCUUACUCUCACGUCUUACUUCUCUCCAACCUCUCGCUACGAUAGAUUGAACGUCAUGAUUACAGGGACGAUCGCUCGGUUUGUUUUGUAUUCUGACUGCAAUUUAAACAAUGUACGGAUAUGUUUGA